AUGGCUGGUUGUCUGCAAGAUUCACAACUCUGUAAAACGGGAGCACUUUUGAGAUGCCUCCUUGUUACAUUUGCUCUCAGCUUCAGUUUUGCCUCCAUAGAUGCAGAACCAUAUGACCCAGCUCACCUUUAUCAUCACAGAUCUGGACCUAAUGAAGACGACAUCAUCGUUGCUAACAAUGGGAUCAGGGUACCUUUUGGGAGGUCAGUGUUUCUGGACCCUGUGAAUGAUUUGGUAACAGAGGUGCAGCCUAGUGACCGCUGCCACAUCACAGUUCUGGACAAUGACCCACUGGCCCAGAAACCAGGGAUGCUGACCCCUAAAAAGUUCCCCUGUUCAUUUGGACCAGAUGAAGUGAAAUACACUCAUUUUGGAUCUCGGAGCCCCAGCAAGGAUCGAGUGAAGCUGCAGCUCCGUUAUGACUCCCAGACAGACACAGUUAUCAUCCCCUUCAUGAUGGAAGUGGAGGUGGUUUUCCAGCAGCUUGAGAUCCUCACCAGGAAUAUGCCCCUUAAUGUAGAAAAGCUCAAUGGUGACAGCAACGCUAUUGACAAAAAGAGUCUGGAGUUUUCCUUUGAGGAUGGUGUGACACAGUGUAAGAUCACCACACUGGUGGGCGCUGGAGGUCUUCCCAGGUAUGGUACUCUUUUGAAUAGCCCUCCAAAUGGCCAAAUGGUUGACUGUGAUGAGUUUGUGAAACAGGGCAUUCGCUACAAGCACACAGCUAAAACCAAUUCACCAAACAGAGACUAUGUUCCAAUGAUGAUAGAGCUGCAGGAUAACGAAGGCAACACUAUAAUGCAAGAGCAUUUCCAAAUGAUGGUUAGAAUCAGAGAAGGUGCAGAAAAUACUGCUCCUAAACCCAGCUUUGUAGCCAUGAUGAUGAUGGAGGUUGAUCAGUUUGUGAUGACAGCUAUUACAAGUGACAUGCUGGCUGCUGAAGAUGUUGAAUCUGACCCAGAUGAUUUAAUCUUCAACAUUACUUCACAGUUGGGCCCAGGGCAGGGCUAUAUUAUCAGCACCGAUGAUCAGAACCUGCCCAUCACCUCCUUCUAUCAGAGAGACAUCAAAGAUCUAAAAAUAGCUUAUAAGCCACCUUCAGAGGAUUCAGAAGUAGAGAGGAUUUUCCAGUUAGAGUUUGAAAUCGUAGACACUGACGGUACUGUCUCUGAUCCAUUUGCUUUUAUGAUUGUGGUGAAGCCUAUGAAUACCUUGGCUCCUGUAGCAACCAAAAAUACAGGUCAGCUAUUGUUUGAAGGGCAAUCCAGGGCUCUCUCCAGCUCCCAGAAUUUAGAGAUUAGUGAUGAAGAUAACCUAGAAGAUGUGAGAAUCACUGUUGUUGAUGGCUUAAAGCAUGGAGACCUGACCGUGCUUGGUGCUCGCAGGAAAUUCUUUACACCUGUGGAUCUAGAUGCCGGUAUUGUGGUGUACCAGCAUGAUGGUAGUGAUACCUACAGUGACAACAUUAUUUUUAGAAUGACCGAUGGCAGUAAUGAAGUGGAGUUUUUGUUUCCCAUCACUAUUGCUCCCACUGAUGAUGAACCUCCCAUUAUUAAUGCUAACACCGGUCUGGUGCUGUUCAAGAAUGAAGUCAUGCAGAUCUCUCCCUUCAUUCUGAGUGCCACAGAUAUCGAUUCAGAAGACUCCACUAUUAAGUUUAUCUUAGAGGCACCCUACUCAACUGUAGGGGAGCUUCUGCUAAGGCAAGUGGAGCCUCCCUCUGACCCUUCUCUCUGGAAGUUCAGUGAGACAGAUGAGAUGUUUGAGCAGGUGGUGACUGAGUGGUUUCAACAGGAUAUUCUUGAUGGAAAGCUGUUCUAUCGCCACAUUGGAUCUCACAGCACCACUACUGUGAUUGAUCAGUUUGCUUUCCGGGUCCAAGAUGAUAAUGACCCUCCUAAUCAAUCAGGAGAACACAUAUUCGCUAUCAAAAUCCAUCCUGUUGAUGACCUCGCUCCAGAGCUUGUCCUAGGCACCACCCUCCACAUGACAGUCCAGGAGUAUGAGCUGACACACUUCAAGAAGAAAUUUUUGUGUUAUACUGAUCUAGAUUCAGAUGACAGGGACCUGAAAUACACCAUCACAAAGACUCCAACCGACACAGAUGAGAACAACCCAGUCCCCUUAGGUGAAAUUGUAUUGACUGAAAGCCCUGACACUAUAAUUACAGAGUUCACACAGGCCCAAGUUAAUCACCACAAAAUAGCUUACAAGCCCCCAGACCAGGAGUUGGGCAUCACUCCAAAAGUGGCUCAGUUUACAUUCAUUGUGGAAGACACUGCUGGUAACAUAGUAGAUGGACUAUUUACCAUUUUCCUACAGCCAGUUGACAACAAGCCCCCACUUAUCACCAACACAGGGUUCAGUGUUAUGGAAAGAAGUACAUAUAUCAUCACCAGGAAAGAAUUACAUGCCACAGACACUGAUACAGAAGAUGAAAAUAUCAUCUUCACUGUCAUCCAGAUUCCUCAGUAUGGGCAGCUGCAGUAUUUGGGUAUUGAUAUGUCAAACGGCGAAACUUUUGUACUUGAAGACGUUGCAAAUGGCCGCCUAAAUUACAUCCAUAGUGGAGAGGAAUCACUCAGUGAUGCCAUCAAGCUUGAGGUCAGUGACGGUUUCCAUGAGGUGCCCAUCACCAUUAAGAUCACUAUUGAGCCUGUUGAUGAUGAGUCCCCCACAAUUAUGCUCCCAGAAGGUCUGCUUGGAGCAUCCAUCGAUGUCCUGGAGAACGGAGCCACAGAAAUUACAAGCAAUGUCAUUCAGGGUCGUGAUGAAGACACAGAUGACCUCAUGCUCACUUUCAUUGUGGAGGAACCUCCCAGGCUUGGUGAAAUUCUGGUUAAUGGUGCUCCUGCUGAGAGAUUCACGCAGGAGGACAUCAUUAAUGGGGCGGUAGUAUAUGCUCACACAUCUGGUGAAGUAGGACCAGUCAAAGAACAUGACUCCUUCAACCUCACUCUGUCUGAUAUGUCAGAUCAGUGGGUCGUUGGUGGCAACAAGGUCCAAGGUGUAACAGUUCAUGUCACCAUCCUUCCUGUCGACAGUAUUCCACCUAUUGUUAGUGUUGUAGACCAAUUUGUUGUAGUGGAAGGGGAAAAGAAUGUCAUUACUCUGAACCACAUCCAAGCUGAGGAUAUUGACACUGACAAUGACGAUAUCCUGUGCACCAUCAUCGUCCAACCAACAUCAGGUUAUGUGGAGAACAUCUCCCCAGCUGCAGGGUCUGAGAAAUCCAGGGCAGGGACAGCAAUCACUGCAUUUAACAUCAAAGAUAUUGCCCUUGGUCAUAUCUACUAUGUCCAGAGCAUCCACAAAGGCGUGGAACCUGUUGAAGAUCGUUUUACCUUCCGCUGCUCAGAUGGUAUUAACUUCUCUGAACGCCACUUCUUCCCCAUAAUUAUAAUUCCAGCCAAUGAUGAGAAGCCUGAGAUUUUCAUCCGUGAGUUUGUAGUAAUGGAGGGCAUGAGUCUGGUCAUUGACACACCAAUCCUGAAUGCGGUUGACGCUGACAUCCCUGGGGAUGAACUGCACUUUGAGAUCAUCAAACAUCCCAAACAUGGCACAAUUGUUCAGCAGCUCAGUACUGGCACCAUCACAGUAGACAAGUUCAACUUGGAACAGAUCAAAGAGGCAUCUAACAUUGUCUAUGAACAUGAUGACUCAGAGACCAAAGAGGACAGCUUUGAAGUAAGGCUUUCAGAUGGGAAGCACAAAGUGGAAAAAACUGUUCUCAUCAUGGUUAUUCCUGUUGAUGAUGAAACACCAAGAAUGACAAUAAAUGAUGGUCUUGAUGUUGAAAUUGGAGAGACAAAAGUAAUCAGCAACAGGGUUUUGAAGGCCACAGAUCUUGACUCUGAAGACAAAGAGCUAACAUAUGUUGUGCGUUAUGGCCCAGGCCAAGGCUACCUUCAACGUAUCAGCAAGUUUGGUGAUGUUUUGGGUAAUAUCACCCUGGGAAUGAACUUCACACAGGACGAAAUUGACAAACAGCUAAUUCAGUAUGUACACACUGGCCAAGAGGGAAUCCGUGACCUGCUGAAGUUCGAUGUCACAGACGGUAUCAAUCCUCUUAUUGACCGUUACUUUUACAUCAACAUCGGAAGUAUUGACAUGGUCUUCCCAGAUGUUAUCAACAAAGGUGUGACCCUCAAGGAAGGAGGGAAGGUAACUCUUACCACCGACCUCCUCAGCACCACUGACAUCAAUAGUCCUGACGAGUACCUCAGCUUUAGCAUCACGCGUGCCCCUAGCAGAGGCCAUCUAGAGAGCACUGACCACCCAGGUGUUCCCAUUUCAACCUUCACCCAACUGCAGCUUGCUGGCAACAAGAUAUACUACAUCCACAGCUCUGAUGAUGAGAUGAAAAUGGACAGCUUUGAGUUUGAGGUGACAGAUGGCUACAAUCCUGUCUUCCGUACCUUCAGAGUAUCCAUCACUGAUGUAGAUAAUAAGAAACCUGUCUUAACUAUAAAUAAACUGGUUGUGGAAGAGGGUGAAAGCAAGCUCAUCACACCAUUUGAGUUGACAGCUGAAGAUCGAGACACCCCAGACAACCAAUUGCGUUUCAUUGUGACCCAGGUGCCAGUGCAUGGGCAAUUGCUUUUUAACAACACCCAACCAAUCACAACCUUUACCAAACAGGACCUGAAUGAGAACUAUGUUAGCUAUAAGCAUGAUGGCACUGAGACCAAUGAAGACAGCUUCUCCUUCACAGUCACAGAUGGUACUCACACUGACUUUUACGUCUUUCCUGACACUGUGUAUGAGACACGCAAACCCCAGAUGAUGACCAUUCACAUCAACACAGUGGACAACGGUGUGCCCCAGAUUCUGGUUAACAAGGCUGCUGCUACUCUGAAGGUCCUCCAAACAGGCCACCUUGGCUUUUUGAUCACCAGCAAGGUCCUUAGAUCAGAGGACCGUGACAGUGCCCAGAAGGUCCUGAAAUACACUGUGUCUGAGGCUCCCCUGCAUGGCUUCCUCAUAAACACUGCCCUGGGCAAUGACAGCAUCAAGACCUUCACUCAAGCUGACAUCAAUGACAUGAAGAUCUGUUACGUGCUGUUGGAUGGGAGCAACGCCACAAGUGAUAUCUUCUACUUCUCAGUUGAAGACAAUGGUGGAAACAAACUAAAGCCUCAGCCAUUCCGGCUCAAUUGGGCCUGGAUCUCUCUGGAGAGGGAAUACUACUUAGUGGAUGAGGAUGCCAAAUUCCUGGAGGUGACACUCAAACGUAGAGGAUACCUGGGGGAAACCUCCUUCAUCAGUAUUGCCACCAAGGAUGGCACAGCUGAGAAAGACAAAGACUUCCGCGGUAAAUCCCAAAAGCAGGUCCAGUUCAACCCUGGCCAGACCACAGCAACCUGGAGGGUGAAGAUCUUCACAGACCAGGAGUUUGAGACCUCAGAGACGUUUGAGAUACAGCUGUCAGACCCAGUCAUGGCUGUGCUGGAGUUUCCUGACACUGCAAUAGUGGAGAUAGUGGACCCCGGAGAUGAGUCGAAGGUGUUCAUUCCUCAAGCAGAAUUCAAAAUUGAGGAAGAUGUCGGGGAGUUGUUGGUGCCAGUCCACCGCUCAGGAGAUGCCAGCCAGGAACUUAUGGUUGUUUGUUACACUCAGCAAGCCACGGCCACCGGCACUAUACCCAGCACUGUCCUGUCCUACUCCGAUUACAUCACCCGACCCGAGGACCACACCAGCGUGCUGCGCUUCGACAAGGAUGAGCGUGAGAAACUCUGUCGCAUCAUCAUCAUCGAUGACUCCCUGUAUGAGGAGGAAGAGAGUUUCAAUGUCAGCCUCAGCAUGCCAAUGGGAGGCCAAUUGGGCGCCAAUUUCCCAAGUGCCAAAGUCACCAUCUUGGCAGACAGCGAUGAUGAGCCCUCGCUGUAUUUUGGGGAACCUGAGUAUGUCGUGGAUGAGAGUUCAGGCUAUGUUGAGGUGAAGGUGUGGAGGACAGGGACUGACCUCUCCAAGACAGCUACUGUCACCGUCCGCUCCAGGAAGAGUGAACCCGUCUCUGCAGAAGCUGGACUCGAUUAUGUUGGCAUUAGUCGCAACCUGGACUUUGCCCCUGGAGUGACAAUGCAGACAUUUAGGGUGACCAUCCUGGAUGACCUGGGUCAGCCGGAGCUGGAGGGGCCUGAGACCUUUGAUCUUGUGCUACGGAUGCCCAUGAAUGCUGUGCUGGGGGAGCCCAGCAAGACCACCAUCACCAUCAAUGAUACCAUCACUGACUUGCCAAAGGUUCAGUUUAAGGAUGGCAAGUACAAGGUGGAUGAGUCUGAUGGGGAGGUGAAAGCUAUAGUUUACCGCAGUGGAGACAUUAACCUCAUAUCCACGGUGCGCUGUUACACCCGCCAGGGCUCUGCUGAGGUGAUGAUGGACUACAAUGAAAGGCCUAAUACUGAUGCAUCAAUCAUCACUUUCCUACCAGGUGAGACUGAGAAACCCUGUGUGAUAAGUCUGGUGGACGACUCCAUUCAUGAAGAUGAUGAGGAGUUUCGUCUGGUCCUGGGAAGCCCAAAGAGCAAGUCUCCAUAUGGAGCUUCUAUUGGGGAGCAGAAGGAAGCACUGGUCACCAUCUCAGAUGACAAAGACAAGUCAAUCAUCCGUUUCUCUGAGAUCAAGUACAGUGUGCGUGAACCCCAGGUGAAAGGGGAUGUGGCAAUAGUGAAGAUUCCCAUCCUGCGUGUUGGAGACUCCUCAAAGGUCUCAGUUGUGCGAGUGCACACUAAAGAUGGCUCUGCAACAUCAGGAGAGGACUACAACCCGCUGUCUGAGGAUGUGGAGUUCAAGGAAGGUGAAAAGGAACAUUUUGUGGAGAUUGAGAUCCUGUAUGACGGUCAGAGAGAGAUGAGAGAGGCCUUCACUGUACACAUGAAACCUGAUGAGAACAUGGUGGCUGAAAUACAGAUGAACAAGGCCAUUGUCUACAUUGAGGAGAUGGACAGCGUGGCAGAUGUUACCUUCCCUGCUGUGCCCAAUGUGGUUUCCCUGCUCAUGUAUGAUGACAUGGCUAAAACCAAACACAAGCCCCAUCCAUCCAAUGGAUACCCUGUUGUGUGUGUGACGGCCUGUAACCCUAAGUACCAUGACUUUGACAAAACCGGUUCCAUCUGCUCUGCGGAGAACAUCAAUGACACUCUUACGCAGUACCGCUGGUUGGUCAGCGCUCCUACCGGGUCAGAUGGAGUGACCAGUCCCAUGAGAGAGGUAGACACUAAUACUUUCUUCACCAACACCAAGUCCAUCAGUUUGGAUUCAAUCUACUUCCAAGCUGGCUCCAGGGUUCAGUGUGCAGCUAGGGCCUUCAAUGCCAAUGGAGAUGCGGGUCUGGAGCUGUUGAGCCCCAUUUCUGUGAUCAGCAAAGAGGAAGGUAUGUGCCAGCCUCGUAUUGCAGGCACUGUAGGAGCUGAGCCUUUCUCUGCUAAGAUCCGCUACACAGGCCCAGAUGACCCUGACUUCCCCAACCUCAUCAAACUGACUGUCAACAUGCCUCACAUGGAUGGCAUGUUGCCAGUGAUCUCAACAAGACCUCUGUCCAACUUUGAGCUUACCCUGAGCCCUGAUGGCACGCGUGUGGGCAACCACCGCUGUUCCAACUUGCUGGACUUCAAUGAGAUCCAAACCAGCCAUGGCUUCAUCACUGAUGCCACAAAGAACCCUGAGAUCAUUGGCGAGACUUCGCCCUACCAAUACAAUGCUAUCAUGCGCUCAUCCAACUCACUGCGCUUCUACAGGAACCUCAACUUAGAGGCCUGCCUGUGGGAGUUCACCACCUAUUACGACAUGUCAGAGCUUCUGAAUGACUGUGGAGGCUCCAUAGGCACUGACGGACAGGUGCUGAAUCUGGUCCAGUCCUAUGUCACCCUGCGUGUUCCUCUGUUUGUGUCCUACGUCUUCCACUCUCCUGUGGCUGUGGGAGGCUGGCAGCACUUUGACUUGCAGUCUGAGCUCAAACUUACCUUUGUGUAUGAUACAGCUAUUCUGUGGCAGGACGGCAUCGGCAGCCCACCUGAGUCUGAGCUACAAGGAGCCAUGUACCCCACCAGUAUGCGUAUAAAUGAGGAGGGUCGUCUGGUGGUCAACUUCAAGACUGAGGCUCGCUUCAGGGGACAGUUUGUUAUGUCUCAUCCAGGGACUAGUGUGUCAUCCAUGGUGAUGUGUGCUGACCACCCCGGGUUGACGUUUACUCUUGCCUUGGUCAGGACUGAGCCUACAUACAACCAGCCCAUGCAACAAUGGAGUUUUGUCUCAGACUUUGCUGUGCGUGACUACUCUGGGACCUACACAGUGAAGUUGACCCCCUGCAUUGCAUCCCCUAAUGCAGAGUUCAGCAUCCCUCCUGUCUGCCACCCAAGAGAACCUCUUACUUUUGACAUGGACAUUCGCUUCCAGCAGGUGAGUGACCCAGUGGCAGCUGAGUUUAGCCUCAACACUCAGAUGUUCCUGUUGUCCAAGAGGGAGUUAUGGUUAUCUGAUGGCUCCAUGGGCUUUGGAGAGGGGACUGAUGCUGCUUUUUCUGACGGUUCAAUGAUUUAUGGUCGUGUGAUGGUGGAUCCAGUCCAGAACCUCGGUGACUCCUUCUCUUGCAGCAUUGAAAAAGUCUUCCUCUGCACUGGAGCAGAUGGCUACGUUCCCAAAUAUAACCCCACUAACAAGGAGUAUGGCUGCCUGGCAGAUGCUCCCUCUCUGCUUUACAGAUUCAAGAUUCUGGACAAGGCCCAACCAGAGACCCAGGUCACAGCAUUUGGUGAUGUUGGUUUUAAGGCCACACUGGCCCAAGAUACACCUGGAGCUUUGCCUUUGGUCAGACAGCCUGGAUCAGAUGGCUUCACACUCUCUUCAUCUCCGCUCUUCCAGGUGGCUGCUGGUCGAGAAUGGUUCAUGCACACUAUCUACACUGUCCGCUCCAGAGAAAACGCUAACCGCAACAUUGGCAAGCGUAGUGUGGAGUACCUUCAGCACAGCCUGUCAUCUGUUGAAGAACCCCAGAUCAACAUGGCAACUAAUCGCCACCGCCGUGCUGCCCCUGCUCUCCCUGGCCCUGCUCUGACCGAGGAUAUUGGUGUUGAAAACAAUCGGGGUACCAACAUCCAGCACAUUGCCCUGGACCGAACAGACCGCAUGGUGGUCAGCCAGCGCCAGCCCUGGUCUCCCAACCGUGAUCGUGACCCCCUCUUGGAGCGCCCUCUGUUGGAGAGUUCUGGUAGAGACCCAGCUGACACCUCUACUCUUCCCAUGUUAGUGGGGCUUGCAGGUCUGAUCCUCCUCAUCUGCCUCAUUGCCACCAUUGUUAUUCUGCUAUUGAGGCGCAAAAGGAGAGAAAAGAAGACCAAUUUCCCCCCUUACGCCACCUCGUCUUCUUCUGCCUACAUUGGCUACAGCCAAGGCCCAGCAAGCAUGUGGAGCAGUUCAGACAACUCUGAGGUCUAGAUGUUGGCCUCCCUCCACCUUAAGAUCGGUCUCCUAUUAAAAAGACUAUGAUAGUCUCUUCCACCACUGU